AUGAAGCCUUUCGGGAUUGCUACCAUGUUGAAGCACAAGUCCAUUUUGAUCUUGGGACUCACCCUCGUUCUUUUGACAGUCGGAGUCUCCGCCCUUGCUUUGGAUUUACCUGCCUUGGAUCAAGUCAAGCCGGGGUUGAUCCAUGGCCAUCGUGGUGUCCAUCCUCGGGCACUUCCACCCCCUACAGCCCUUUUGGAUGUCGACUCACCGGCACUAACCAAAUACGAGUCUGUUAAAGACAACCCCAAGCCAGUUGCUCUCAGCUCUGGGCCAGAUAUCGCUCACCCUCCACUCUCCAAUCUCGAAGAAAGGGCUGUUCCAAUGGAAUCUUCAACCUUCGGCGGCGAUAUGACCUGGUAUGACACGGGCCUCGGGUCAUGCGGCUGGUGGAACAAUGCGAACGAUCAUAUUUGUGCCAUCUCUCAAGUCCUUUACAACCGCACGAAUGUUGACGGCAACGCAAAUCACAACCCCGUCUGCGGGAAAAGAAUUCACUUACAGCGUGGUGACCGCGGCAUCGAUGUCGCUGUCGCUGACAACUGCCCAGGAUGCUCCGAGUUCAGCAUUGACGUGACCACGAGUGUAUUUCAGGCACUUGGUAAUUUGGACGAAGGCCGCGUGCGGAUUGAGUGGCAUUGGAUAUGA